AUGUCGACAACAUCAUCAGUAUCAACAACAGAAACAUCAGUAUCAACAACAGAAACAUCAGUAUCAACAACAGAAACAUCAGUAUCAACAACAGAAACAUCAGUAUCAACAACAGAAACAUCAGUAUCAACAACAGAAACAUCAGUUAUCAACCAGAAACAUCAGUAUCAACAACAGAAACAUCAGUAUCAACAACAGAAACAUCAGUGUCAACAACAGAAACAUCAGUAUCAACAACAGAAACAUCAGUAUCAACAACAGAAACAUCAGUAUCAACAACAUAAACAUCAGUGUCAACAACAGAAACAUCAGUGUCAACAACAGAAACAUCAGUAUCAACAACAGAAACAUCAGUAUCAACAACAGAAACAUCAGUAUCAACAACAGAAACAUCAGUAUCAACAACAGAAACAUCAGUAUCAACAACAGAAACAUCAGUAUCAACAACAGAAACAUCAGUAUCAACAACAGAAACAUCAGUGUCAACAACAGAAACAUCAGUGUCAACAACAGAAACAUCAGUAUCAACAACAGAAACAUCAGUAUCAACAACAGAAACAUCAGUAUCAACAACAGAAACAUCGGUAUCAACAGAACAUCGAGUAUCAACAGAAACAUCGAGUAUCAACAACAGAAACAUCGGUAUCAACAACAGAAACUUAUCGAGGUAUCAACAACAGAAACGUCAGUGUCAACAACAGGAAACAUCAGUGUCAACAACAGAACAUCCGGUGUCAACAACAGAAACAUCAGUAUCAACAACAGAAACAUCGGUAUCAGCAACCCAGAAACAUCUGA